AUGAAGUUCACAUGGAGCAUCGCCAGCGCGGCUCUGCUGGCCACCCGCGCCCAGUGUGAGAUCCUUUGGGAUGGUCGCUUCAACGACAUGACCUCUGCCACUGACCUCGACAAGUGGUCCUGGAGCAGCCAGGUCGGUCCCUACCAGUACUACAUCCACGGUUCCGGCGCCACCACCGACUACGUCAACCUCUCUUCCGACUUCAAGAACCCGGCCGACACGGGCUCCAAGCAGGGUGCCAAGAUCUCCCUGACCAGCACCUCCUUCUGGAACGGCCAGACCAUGCGCCGUACCGAGCUGAUCCCCCAGACCACCGCCGCCAUCGGCAAGGGCAAGCUCUUCUACCACUUCUCCCUGAAGCGCAGCGACACCAACGCCCCUUCCCUCAACAAGGAGCACCAGAUCGCCUUCUUCGAGAGCCACUUUGUCGAGAUGAAGUCUGGCUGGCAGAGCGGCGCCACCGGCACCGAGGACCCCCUCCUCCGCUGGGUCGUCGGCGGCAAGACCGAGUGGAGCGUCAACUGGGACGCUGACGUCUGGCACAACGUUGCCUACGAGAUCGACUUUGACGGCGGCUCCGUCGGCUUCUGGCACUCCACCGGCGCCGAGGCCCUGACCCAGGUCGUCGCCCCCGUCACUGCCUCCGCCUCCAGCAACGGUGCCGACUGGCACGUCGGUGUCCUCGAGCUCCCCCGUGACGGCUACGCCGACGAGACCGAGGACUUCUACUUCUCCGGCGUCUACAUUGAGGACGGCGAGAUCACCAAGGCUGUCGGCUCCGGAUCUUCCGACACCGGCUCCUCCGCCCCUGCUUCCUCUGCUGCCCCCGCCGCCACCUCGGCCCCCGCCGCCGCCUCCUCCUCUGCUCCCGCUGCUGCCGCCCCUACCACUGCGGCUCCUACCACCACCGCCGUCCCUACCACCAGCGCUGCCCCCGUCUCCUCCGCCGCUCCCGUCGAGUCUGAGCCCGCUUCCUCCUCUGCUCCCGUCGCCACCCCCGUUUCCUCUGCCGCUCCCGUUGUCUCUGAGGAGCCCUCCGCCCCCGCUGCCACUACCCCGGCUGCUGCCACCACGAGCUCUGCUCCCGCUGCCUCUGCCAGCGCCAAGCCCGCGUGCCGUCGCCGCCGCCGCCGCAACCACGCCAAGCGCAACUAA